CUGGAGACAUUUCACUGGAAAACGAUUUCUCUCACCCAUUUCUCCUCCCAGGCCGGUGGCUGAAGGCGCAAUGAUCCGACUGUUCGUGCUGGGGCUUCUGUGUGGAGAGCUCUCUGCAGAGGCUUCAAUCGAGGGUUGAAAAUUCUCUUCUGAGAAAUCGGAGAUUACAACCCUGAUGGAAAUUCAGCUCAAACCUGUUUGGAAACGCCUGUGGUUACAAAGUCCAGGAUCCCAUCCACCUCUUUCACCACUCUCAGGCUGGGACACAUAUGCAGCAGCCACUCACUCUCUCCGGUACUUCCACACUGCUGUGUCAUCAAUUCCUGGUUUCCCCGAGUUUGUCAUUGUUGGAUACGUGAACGGGGUCCAGUUUGUUAUGUACGACAGCGAUCGGAAGGUGUUGAUCCCCCGGGAACAGUGGAUGGUGGAGAGUGAGGGACAUGAGGCCUGGCAGCGGAAACUAUAUCUUGCUCAGCGGAUGGAGAACCAUUUCAAGCCGUACAUUCCAGUACUAAUGUCACGGACCAAUCAGACAUUGGGGAUCCACACGUACCAGAUGGUGACUGGCUGUGACGUGAGGAAUAAUGAGAUUGUGAGAGCGUUCAGUCAACUUGGAUGGGACGGACAAGAUUUAAUCAGCUUCGAUAAGGAUCACAUGGUGUGGGUGACACCGGUUCCCUGGGCGGAAAGCAUCAAAAACAGGUGGAACCAGCAUGUGGUGUACAAACAGGAGUGGAAGAAUUUCCUGGAGGAGGAAUGUGUCCAGUGGCUGAGGAAAUACCUGGAAUAUGGACAGAGGGAACUGAGAGUCGCUGCCCCCGUCGUGUCCCUUACUCAUCUGGGCGAUUCCAACCGGCUGUCCUGUCUCGUCACCGGGUUUUACCCCCAAGCCAUCGAGGUGACUCUGUGGAGGGAUGGAGUGUUGAUCGAUGAGACCCUGUCCACUGGAAUCUUACCCAAUCAUGACAGGACCUACCAGAUCCGGAAAUGGAUAGAAUUUGAUCCGGUGGAUCAGGCCGAGUAUUCCUGUCGGGUGGAACACAGUGGGCUGGAGGACAAGCUGGUGGUGAUUUAUGACCCGACGUCUCUCUCCCAGGUUCCUGUCAUUGUUGGGGUUGUAUUUGGAGUCCUUGGGAUCAUUGCUGUCGCUGUUGGGGUUAUUGUCAUUUACAAGAAGAAAGGAGGAGAGAAGAAGAAGUACAGCCCCACAAACGCUUCUGAUGAAACAAGCUCCAGUUCUGUCAUUUCCUGAGUGGUCUCUGAUGUCCUGCUGGAAACUCGAUUUCCAUUGCUGUGAUUGAUCUUCUGCUUAAUUCUCCUGCAAUUUCUGGAGUAAUAGAUGAUCUGGAUUUGAGAAAUGAUAUCACUUUGUUAAUUAUAGAUUAUUGAGACAAUGUCUGACAUGAUAUUGUGAGUUUCACCUUCGGCGCAGAUGGUGGCACAGUGCUAAGGUCACUGCCCUGAGAAUCCAGACCGCCAGCUUAAUUUUUUUUGGAGACACAGGUUCAAAUAAUUCUGUGGCAGAUGGUGAAAUGCAAAUUCAGUCAAAUUUAGAAUUAAGAGUUGGUUUAAUGGUGACCACAUAAUCAUCACUGAUUGUCAUAAAAAGUCAUCUGGUUCACUCAUGCCCUUUCGGGAAAGCAAUCUGUCAUCCAUAUCUGGCAUGGUCCACAUGUCACUGCACAACUGGUUAAAUCUUAACUACCCUCUGGACAAUGAGAAACAACUUUUAAGCCUUGACUAUUUUUCCUCAGAAAAAUUUCAUCUCCACAGAUCACGCCCAAUGGUCAUGCCACAUGCACUGUCCUGUCAGUCAAUUCAGCACAUAAACCUGAUCUCUUUGUCAGUCACUCUUCAGUGAGAUCAUCCCAGAUUUCAUUUCAAUUUUCAUGCACCUUAAAUACUGAGUGAAGCCUUUUCUAUGCUCUUGUUACAGAGACUGACUGAAGCCAAUUGUUACUUUUAAUUUGGUAUACACUGCCAAAUGGCAAUAGAUGUCAUGAAUUGAUCUCCUGCUCAUGGCAUGCUGCAGCCUCAGGCUCUGACUUGAGCUAUUUCGUAUUUUAACACUUCCAUCAAUUUAUAAACUUCCUGGUGCAAAGCCUCAUUCAAGCAGGGUAAUCAUGGUUUGCAGCUCUCAUGUCUUGGGUUCAAGGCACCACGAUUUUCUGUUCCUCUCUCUCUGAUUCAGAGAUUGUGUUCAGCUGUUUGUGCAGCAUCGAGUCAUACAGAACAGAAACAGACCCUUCAAUCCAUGCCGAACAUAAUCCCAGACUAAACUAGUCCUACCUGCCUGCAUACCCCUCCAAAUAGUUCUUAUUCAUGUACGUAUCCAAAUAUAAAUGUUGUAACUGUACCUAUUUCCAACACUUCCUUUUGGAAUUUCAUUCCACACAUGGACCACUCACUGUGGUGCUCAUGUCUUUUUAAAAUAUUUCUCCUCUCACCGUAAAAGUAUUGCCCCCCCCCCAGUCAUGCCAUCUCCCACACAAAUGAAUCUUGCAGCUGGUCCUGAGAUUUAUGUCACAAAUUCUUAGUGUUAUUACAAAUCAGUGAUAAAAGAUUUGUAUGUUAGUUCAUUUUUGAUUAUUUUAUUAGUAAAGCAAAAGCAAGUGAUUUUAUUUAAAUGGAGUGUGGUAAUGGAAUGUAAAGACAUACUCAGGUCUCACAUCUAGAUUUCUUGAAGUUAUUACAUUUUUAUUGUUUUGAUCUCACACUGCAGCCCUAAAUCCUGCCAAAGUUUGAACUUCUGAUCACUUAUGUUUAUCUGUUUGGGAUAUUUGAUUUAGGCUUUCAGUGUAGAAUCCAUUGCACUAAUGUUGUCUUUGCUGAAGCUGCAAAAAUAAAAGAAUUUUUUUCUUCCA